CGCCGCACGUGGGAGGGCUCGGGCCGGACCUGCCGCCGCCUCCGCCGCCGUUUUCUCCUCGGCUAGGCCGCCUCCCGGCCCCCUCGGCGCCCCGCCUCUCCCACCCCCAAACCGGAGGACGACGCGCCCGCCGCCGCCGCCGCCGCCGCUCGGCGCUCCCAUGAUCGCCCAGUGCCUUUCGGCUGUGCGAGGCCUCCCCAGAAUUGGUGGUUGCAGGAUUUUAUUCAGAAUGACUUUAGGGAGAGAAGUGAUGUCUCCUCUUCAGGCAAUGUCUGCCAGUACUGCCGCUGGCAGGAAUGUGUUAAGAUGGGAUCUUUCACCAGAACAAAUUAAAACAAGGACCGAGGAGCUCAUUGUGCAGACCAAACAGGUGUACGAUGCUAUUGGAAUGCUUGACCUUGAGGAAGUAACUUAUGAGAACUGUUUGCAGGCACUGGCUGAUGUAGAGGUGAAGUACAUAGUGGAACGAACCAUGCUAGACUUUCCCCAGCACGUCUCCUCUGACAAAGAAGUACGAGCAGCAAGCACAGAAGCGGACAAAAGACUUUCUCGCUUUGAUGUCGAGAUGAGCAUGAGAGAAGAUAUAUUUUUGAGAAUUGUUCAUUUACAGAAAACCUGUGAUCUAGGGAAGAUAAAGCCUGAAGCCAGACGAUACUUGGAAAAGUCAGUUAAAAUGGGAAAAAGAAAUGGGCUCCAUCUUCCAGAACAAGUCCAAAAUGAAAUCAAAGCAAUGAAGAAAAGAAUGAGUGAGCUGUGCAUUGACUUCAACAAAAACCUCAAUGAGGAUGAUACCUUCCUUGUAUUUUCCAAGGCUGAACUUGGUGCUCUUCCUGAUGAUUUCAUUGAUAGUUUAGAAAAGACAGAUGAUGACAAGUACAAAAUUACCUUAAAAUAUCCACACUAUUUUCCUGUCAUGAAGAAAUGUUGUAUCCCAGAAACCAGAAGGAAGAUGGAAAGGGCUUUUAAUACAAGGUGCAAAGAGGAAAACACCAAAAUUCUACAGCAGCUACUCCCACUGCGGGCCAAAGUCGCCAAGCUACUCGGCUAUAGCACGCAUGCUGACUUUGUCCUUGAAAUGAACACUGCGAAGAGCACAAGCCGUGUAACAGCCUUCCUAGAUGAUUUAAGCCAGAAAUUAAAACCUUUGUGUGAGGCAGAACGAGAGUUUAUUUUGAAUUUGAAGAAAAAGGAAUGUGAGGAGAGAGGUUUUGAAUAUGAUGGGAAAAUCAAUGCCUGGGAUCUGCAUUACUACAUGACUCAGACAGAAGAACUCAAGUACUCCAUAGACCAUGAGAUCCUCAAGGAAUACUUCCCAAUUGAGGUGGUCACCGAAGGCUUGCUGAACAUAUACCAGGAGUUGUUGGGACUCUCAUUCGAGCAAGUGACAGGUGCUCAUGUGUGGAAUAAAAAUGUUACACUCUACACUGUGAAGGAUAAAGCCACGGGAGAAGUAUUGGGACAGUUCUACUUGGACCUCUAUCCAAGGGAAGGGAAGUACAACCACGCGGCCUGCUUUAGUCUCCAGCCUGGCUGCCUCCUCCCGGACGGGAGCCGCAUGAUGUCGGUGGCAGCCCUUGUGGUGAACUUCUCACAGCCCCUCACAGGUCGUCCCUCUCUCCUGAGGCACGAUGAGGUGAGGACUUACUUCCAUGAAUUCGGUCAUGUCAUGCAUCAGAUUUGUGCCCAGACUGAUUUUGCACGGUUUAGUGGAACAAAUGUGGAAACGGACUUUGUAGAAGUGCCAUCACAAAUGCUUGAAAAUUGGGUAUGGGACAUUGAUUCCCUCCGAAGACUGUCAAAGCAUUAUCAAGAUGGGAGACCUAUUAUGGAUGAGCUGCUUGAAAAUCUUGUUGCUUCUAGACUGGUCAACACAGGUCUUCUGACCCUACGCCAGAUUGUUUUGAGCAAAGUUGAUCAGUCUCUCCACACCAACGCCUCGCUGGAUGCUGCAAGUGAAUAUGCCAAAUGCUGCACAGAAAUUUUGGGUGUUGCGGCGACUCCAGGCACAAACAUGCCAGCUACUUUUGGACAUUUAGUAGGGGGAUAUGAUGGCCAGUAUUAUGGAUAUCUUUGGAGUGAAGUAUUUUCCAUGGAUAUGUUUUACAGCUGUUUUAAAAAAGAAGGAAUAAUGAACCCAGAGGUUGGAAUGAGAUACAGAAACCUAAUCCUGAAACCCGGGGGAUCUCUGGACGGCAUGGACAUGCUCCAGAAUUUCUUGAAACGUGAGCCAAACCAAAAAGCGUUCCUAAUGAGCAGAGGCCUGCACGCUCCGUAAACUGGGCCCUCUGGUAGCAGUCCAUGUCUGGAGGACAAGUUGACAUCGCCUUGUGUGCUACUGGCCUGGAAACUGAAGGGAGUUUUGCAAAUGAAAAUGUAGAUUUCUAUUGAUUGCCUUUUGUUUCUUGAAUUAUACAGGUGUAAAUGGAAUUAUAAAUACGGUAACCUACGAAAAGACCCAUUCAAAAAUAAUUGUACUAUAACAUUUCAUAAAAAUAGAUUUGAUUUCUUUUUUUAUAAAAGUUUCAUAUGAAUGUAAUUUGAUUUUUUUACUCUUAUAACCUAAAUAAUGUAAGAGGGCUCAGAAUUAUUAAAUUGAAUCACAUGCAUUAUAUAAUUUGAUCCCACUUAUAUCUUGCAGUUCUUUACUUGGGAUUUCUGGACAUAAGUGAAUCACCACAUUCCUCUGGUGAACAUUUUCUUGGAGCCCCGCAUCCACUUUGACUCUUUGUCUCACAGUCAAGGGUGACCUCUUUGCCUGCAUACCUCAGGGCCAGGCGAACAUGCCUCAGUAAUGCAUUUAUCUUUGUA